UUUGGAGAGCUUUUUAGCUUUCUCAUCAAAGGAAAAAGUGUUUGAUUGUAAAUACGCUGAUUCUGACCACGUUGUGUGUAUACAAAAAAAAAAAAAAAUGCAUGUGCGAAAGUAUGAUAUUAGCAUUCAUUAUGAUUGCACUUCUCCUAAGAUGCUUUUGGUUUUGCAUUUGUGUCUCGUCUGCAUUAGUUUGUCAGGUGGAAUGGACAACAUCUCCUCCUUCUCCUCUUUCUCUCUCACAGCUCUGAAUGACACCAGCCGGUCCAGCAGGAUCACUGUAUUUUCUUUUGCCCUCCCAGGCUAUUGUCUGACCAUUUUUGUCAACACAGUCUUGAUUUUCAUAAUUGUUCUGGAGAAAGUUCUCCACCAGCCUAUGUAUAUUUUUUUGUGCAAUUUGUGUAUAAAUGGAUUAUACGGAGCCACAGGAUUGUAUCCACCCCUGCUGUAUUAUUUACUAAAUGAAACCAAUGUUAUCUCUCUGGAAGAAUGUGCCAUCCAAAGCUUUGCCAUUUUCGCCUAUGCAAUAGGUGAGAUUACCAAUCUGUGUGUAAUGGCGUUCGAUAGAUACUUAGCGAUCUGCAGACCUCUGUACUACCAUACUGUCAUGACAACAGUCACUGUUUGGAGGCUGCUGACUUUCAUUUGGAUGUUUCCCUGCUGCACUGCAAUACUGAUGAUACUGAUGACGCUCAGGUUUCCUAUUUGCAUGAACCAGAUAAACAAACUUUACUGUGAAACCUGGGUCUUGGAGAGACUUGCCUGCAGGGUGGACACUGCUCAGUUUGUGCUCAGUGGAAUAAUAAUAUGUGCUAUUAUUGUUCUGGUAUGCUUUGUGUUUUUGUCUUAUAUAAAAAUCCUGAUCGCUUGUAAGCACUCUGUACAAAACCACAAGAAGUUCAUGACAACAUGUCUGCCACAUCUGGUAGCCUUUUUUAAUUAUGUGGUCUGGUCACUUUUUAAUAGCUUCUAUGAGCGGUUUGGAACUAGUAGCCUGUCUCAGGGUUUUAAAAACUUCCUGUCAGUUUCCUUUGUGAUCAUGCCACCUCUGGUUAAUCCUAUAAUAUAUGGAAUUGUACUAACUCCUAUCAGGACUAAAGCAAAAAAUGUAUUCCAAAGCUUAAGAUCAAAACAUACAGAUUAAACAUUGCUCAUUCACAAGAGAUCUAGUAAAAUAACAUGGCUCACAUGAAACAGUAAGUGUGGGCUGUGUGUUCCCCGAUGAUUCAUGACUGUUUUGAUGAAUAUCAAAAUAAAAACCAUGAGUUUAUGGUCAAAUUGCAUUGAUAUUAAAUAUGAAUACAAUAAAUAAAUAAAAGAAUGCAAUGCAACUUAUUUA